CAUGAGCCUCUCGCUUCGAUUCUGCGGGCUGCAAGGCAGCUUAUCGUGCCUACCUGGGGAUACAUCUAUCAACUUCAGACAGCAGGCCAUCCACCUCACUCACUGAUCCGCUUAGGGAAAGCAGGAUGACAUGAUGAUCAACUGUCAGCAUUCGAAACCUUGAAAGCCAGCCAUAGCAGCAGCUUCUUGCAAUCCUUCCGAUGAAGUGCCCUAUGGCCAACGACUGCCGAUCCAUGCAGUCAGUACAUGCAGACUACGGGCAGCAUCCUGGUAGCCUGGCUCCGACACUCGCUCCACAGGACGGCCACAACCCCAAGCCUUCAAGAGUCAUGACCCUGCAAACCCUCGGCGAUUCCACAACGUUGGGGGAGCAACACCAGCAUGAGGUGUUCAUUCCAUUAUUUCCAUCCCAUCAAUAUCAACCUCAACAUCAACUGCCUUGCCGCCAUCCGACAAGGACCGGCCUGGCGGGGCAGGAAAACCUUCGAUUUCUAAUCGGCCUCUCCUUGGAAUAAAUGACAAGAAACCAUCCUGGAUAUCUGGGGGUCCCCAAUAAAGCUCUCCAAGGUGCCUUACAGAUGGACCCCAAGGACAUACCGACCGGAAUGUGGAUUUCGCAACACCCGCGAUAGUGCGCCUUCCUGGAGAAUCUGCCCGACACUGUGGGUUCGUCGCUUCUCAGCCUCCUUUUGCUCGACUCUUCCCGGUCAACAUCGUGGCACCUUGAUAUCAUUCCAAGCCAAACUUGGCGUUCACCAGGAAUUGGUACAAGAACAGAGAAGACAGACCCAGGAUGGUCUUCCAGCAAUACCCGCUGUUGUGAUCACGGAACUGAUACAUGUCAGCUGAGCUUCCAACAGUUGCUGACAUUCACUUGCAUAGUCUUUGCACCAGUUUGGGCAAAAAACCUGUGCCAGGUCGUCAGCUCACCAACAACGGUCGCGCUCUGCGCAGGUUUGGGGCACUUACGACAAAUGGUGGCUCGGCCGUCACCCACUAAGCAAUGGUUACUCGUGGAGGCAAGCCACACGCACUAUCGGAGAGAAACACGAGAAAGCACCCAAGCCCAUGAGAUGACGUACUCGCACAACUUUCGAAUCCUCUUUUAACUCUUUCUCGUGCUUUCUGAUUGCGAGAGAGGUGACGCUGGGUUUGACAGCACCCUGUCAGUCAUUUUGGAAUCCCCCGAGCCAGCCCUAUCCAGAAUGCUGGCUCAAGCUGGAAUCAUCGUUGUCCGUGCGUUGUCGGAGAUCGGGGGUCCUUUCGCCCUGCGUGCGGCGCGACUGAAUGGAACAAUCUAUGGGCACCUAUGAUGGCGCCUCAGGUCCACGACCGUUGCGACGCCACACGCUAUCACGUGUCGAUAAGAUAACAGAAGGGAAAAAAGACCCCUGGUUUUGUCAACUUUUUUUUUUUUAUCUUCGCUUGGGGGAGCUUUAAUUAGCAAGAGGGUCGUUGCGCAGAGUUUCCAGAGUUCCUCAAUUGCGCGGAGAUUUGCCUACUGCACGCUGAAGAUCCAGUUAACACAGCUAUUCGAAACUAUGAGCAAGAAAAUCCGCGGUGGUGAUUCCGACUCCGACAUGGAGGACGGUGGCGCCAAGCUCAAUGCACCUACGGAGAAUUCGACCGAUGCCAUGGAUGUAGAUGUCCCACCAACUCCUGCCGACAAGAGACAGGCAGCAGCCAUGGCUCGCGCCGAACGAGCUGCGCGUAGAAAACAAAUCCGUGAGGGGUUGCCGCCUGGAGGUUCCCAAAUUUCUUCCUUGGCCAGCACCCCGAAUCCCGAGUCCCAGCCCGCAUCGCCUGCGCUCAAAGCACAAGAAAAGAAGACGAGGGGACGGAAAGCGACGAGAAAGAGCACAGUCGUCGCUGAGAAGGAAGAAGAAAAACCAGAGGACAAUACGGCGACAGGAACCCCCGACGAGACCACCACAGCAGCAGAGCCCGCAGAGCCCGCAGAGCCCGCACAGGCAGAAGAGCCAGCAGAGCCAGCAGAGCCUACAGAGCCUACAGAGCCAGCGACAGUGCCUACGCCUACUCCUGCAACAGAUGCCGAGCCGCUCCCCUUCGUGAUCGAUGUGAAUCCCACCAAGGGCAAGAUCGCCGACAACAUAAGCGCGUCCGUAGCCAGCUACGCCACAUCCAUUGCCCCCAGCUCGGCGUUCGGCGGCGACAGCCAGAUCGGUGGCCCCAACCGCGCAGCAAGGCGGCGGCAGAUGCAGAUUGAUAACCACCGGAAGGCGAUUAAGAAGGAGCUUGGCAUACCCGCCGAGUCGGACGAGCGCACGGAUGAGGUGGACGCGUUGCUCAAGACCUGGAUUGCCGAGUUUGACGAAAAGACCGAGGCGCGGGCGGCCAAGAAGAAGGCCAAGAAGAUUGCGUCAAAGGGGAAAGCAAAGGGUAAGCCUUACUCAGGACGAAACAACAAAAAUGAUGAGAAGCAGAAGCAGAUAAAGAAGCAGAAGCAAAAAAAGGCCCUACGAGACCGGCAGGGAGGCAACUAGGAGAGAAGUUGGCCGACCUGCGGCUCGAUGGGGCCCCGCCGAUUCUGGAGAGCAAAGGCGUCGUGAGGGAGUAAUGGAUGUGUGAUGAAAAGGAAGAGGAAAGGAGUAUACAAUAAGACAAAAGCAUAUAUGCAUGCAUAGUGGCGUCUAGCGGGUCAAAUGGGAGGAGGAUAUAUCAAUAACAAAUUGACUGCCGAGCUCAAAUAACGGCAUACCGGCCAUACUUCGCAAGAUGGCGGCAUAUCCUUACACGUCACAGAUCGCAAAGCGCGGACCUUACUUGUGUGGUGGUGCUCGAUAAUAGUAAUGUACAGCCAGGGGAGAUUGUCACCAACCCAUUGAUGCUCCAAACUGCAAACCUUCCAACGCCUUUUUGCUAGACUCCCUACUGGCCAGUGUAUACCUGGACUUUGAGUCGGACGAUUUUCCCUUCAAAUCCAUUACUUUUUUGAUCUUGGUAUCCUACACCGGUCGUCACCUCUCGUCGACAAAACUCCCCCCAAUCAUUGCUUCUUCUCACUAUCGUUCUUCUGACUCUCCUCUGCCUCCUCCUUCUUCGCGCCACUCCAAACCUCAGAAACCUGCUCGGCAAUCAAAUCGCCCAACCCCUUGCCCUCAGCAAGCGCCUUGGCGUGCUCAGCGGCCCUCUUGGCCUCCCAGUCCUCGGGCUCGCUGCCGUACCACAGCCUCUGCGCAAGGUUCCGCUUCUUGAACUCGAUGGCGCGCAUCUGCUCCUCCGUCAGGCCCUCACGGCGCAUCCGCUCCUCGCGCAGGAGCUGCUUGGUGCGCUGCGCCUGCUCGGGCAGCGUCGUGGGGAACAUGCGGCCGAGACGGGACUGCAUGCGCUGGAAGAGGGACUGGCCGCUGUAGUCGUAGAUGAGCUGGUUGCCUGAGGCGGAGAAGCCGGUCCAGAGCAUGAAGGUGCGCCAGUCGAUUCGGCGGGGGGGCAUGAGCAUGAUUAGAGGGCAGAGGACAACGCCUGCCCAGGCUGCGUUGGUGAUGAUUUUGGGGGUCGGGGUCGGGGCUUGGCCCGUUGAUUGUGUAGAGGCUGAAGACAUUGUGUGUGGUGUUUGUGGUUGUGAUGUUUUUCCGCGAUGGAGGUUUGUCGGUUUUGGGGAUCGGAAGUCGCUCGAGUCGGUGGCUGUGAGCAAGUCUCCACGCGGGUUCGAUUGCGUCGAUGCUAUGUUUGUAGAUGAUCCUCGAGUUCGGGACGGAGACUGGUGUCGCAAGGUGGGUGGGUGAUGCUGGGUGUUCAAGUCAAU